ACCCUCACCCUCCCAAUCCCUCUUCUUCCCCUUCAUUCUUUCUCUUUCUUUCUUUCGGGUUCGGUGGAAACCCAGCCUUGCUGGGUUCGUCGACCAGCCAAGGCUGGGUUCAUCGGAACCCAACAGAUCUGGGUUUCGAAAGCUGGGUUCGGUUGAAACCCAGCAAGGCUGGGUUCGGUUGAAACCCAGCAAGGCUAGGUUCGAUGGAAACCCAGCCUUGCUGGGUUCGCGACCAGCCAAGGCUGGGUUCGCCGGGCUGGGUUCGUCCGAACCCAGCAGAUCUGGGUUUCGACAAACCCAGCAAGGCUGGGUUCCGUCGACCUAGCUUUGCUGGGUUCGAUGGAGUGGAGAUGAGAAAGCAUUCAGAGAAUAAAAAGAAAUGGGUUAAGAUCAAUUUUGCAGAGGGUGAAGAUGAGAGACCAGUUUGCAGGCAACUGAGCUCCAUUGGAGGCGUUUGGCGUGAAGAAGAUUGGUGUGAAGAAGAUUGGUGUGAAGAAGAUGACAUGUCAUCAAAAAAAAAAGAGUCCCAAAUCUCUGUCGUCCCAGAUGGGUCUCAAGAAAUUCGCUUACUGCUUGGUUUCUUGCCAAUUCAACGACACACCAAUCGGCAGCACCCUGGCGUUUGGAAACUGGGUCCAGCUCCAAUGAUGAGGAUGAGCAAAGACGUGGAGAGGGAGGAGAGAAUGGAGGAGGUACGGGAGAGUGACUGGGUUAGGAAGGACGAUGAGAGUGGGCAAAAUAACGAAGAACAAGAGUGCUUAACUUCUGCAUCUGUUUCAAUUCUUGUUAAUGGGAGCCCCACGCAGGAAUUCAAAAUGCAAAAAGGGCUUAGGCAAGGUGACCCCCUUUCUCCUUACCUUUUUUUAAUAGCUGCUGAAGGUCUGCAUGCUCUUGUUCAUGAAGCUGAAAAGAAAAAUCUCCUUACUGGUAUAGCUGUUGUUAGAGAUUUAUCUGUUUCCCACCUCCAAUUUGCUGAUGACACUAUUCUUCUUGGGGAAGCUUCUCUUAAGUCAAUUAGAGCAUUCAAGUUUAUCCUUAGAUGGUUUGAAAUUAUCUCAGGGCUUAAAAUAAACUUCAGCAAAAGUACCUUGUAUGGUAUUAAUAUUGAGGAGAAUUGGCUUAAUAUGGCUGCCUCUACCCUUAAUUCAAAGUGUGGACACUUGCCUUUCCUUUACUUGGGACUCCCUGUUGGUGGCAACCCUCAUCAUCUCAAAUUCUGGAAACCAGUGGUCGAGAAGUUCCAGUCUAAGUUGGCAACCUGGAAGGGAAAGCUCUUAUCAUUUGGAGGACGCAUCACACUCCUCACGUCGGUACUUUCGGCUCUCCCUCUUUUUUACUUUUCUAUUUUUAAGGUCCCGAAAGGUGUUGUUAGUGAGUUAGAGAAAAUACAAAAAAACUUUUUGUGGGGGAGUUCAAAUGACUAUAAUAAGAUUGCUUGGGUUAAUUGGGGGAGAGUUUGCCUUGCAAAAUCAAAGGGAGGGCUUGGCAUCCCAAACCUUUCUAUUAGGAAUUCUGCUUUACUAGGAAAAUGGUGGAAUAAUUUUUAUGAUGCUGAAGGAAAUGAGAAAUUAUGGAAAAAAAUUAUUGUUAGAAAAUAUUAUGAUGGAGUUUCUUCUACUUCUAUUUCUAACACUGCCUCUUCGAGCCUCUCUCCCUUUUGGAAGGAUAUAUUAUCUAUUGGCAGAGAUUGUGAUAGAGCUUUUGGGUGUUUUGAUGAUGGUUUUAUCCGUAAGCUUGGUGAUGGCUCAAACACUAGAUUUUGGAAGGAUGCUUGGAUGGGCAGCUCUCCGUUGAUGUUUUCUUUCCCUCGCCUUUUUUGCCUUACAUUAAGCAAGGAUACUCUGGUCGCCGAAUUGAAGCUGGGUAAUGCAGAUGGGUGGGCUUUUCAGUGGCGCAGACCUCCCUUCGGUAGAGAAUUGGAUGAGCUUGAGAGGCUUGAAGAUUCUCUCCGAAAUCUUAAUUUAUCAGACAGAAGGCUUGACAAGUUCAUUUGGAAGCACUGCUCAACAGGUUAUUCCUCCAAGCAAGCUUACAAAUUUCUUGAUGAUUUCCCUUCGUGCCUUGAUAAGAAAUGUUGCAAGUGUGUCGAUUUUCCCAAAACAUCUGGACUCGAUUAUGCUGCUGGUGGGGAACUCCUCUUUCUCCCAUUGGUAACGCCUCCCUCCUCCUUUUGCAACUUUGUUCACUUAAGCCUGGCAUAAAAUCUCAAAGUUGUUGGGUGCUUUCUGUUGUUACAACAGCAUGGGCCAUUUAGUAUUUUCGUAAUGGUAUCGUGUUUAACAACCUUACUUGGAAUGAAAAUACUAUCUUUGA